CACCCGAAGAAGCGACUGCUAGCUCAAACAUUGCACAAGCUAAGCUAGCAACUUGUUAAUCAUCAGAACCAAGCAAACCUUGAAGGAAGUAGCUAGCUCUUUCUUUAUUUUAAGCUUCCUAAACCAUGGAGGCAACUAUAGCCUGCUGUUCAGCUAGGGCAUUCCUGCCCGGUGUUUCGACUCAGCAUUCGACUGCACUGGCUGCUCCACCGGCCAUCUCUCCAUCUCUCAGCUCCAAGAGCCUAAAAUCAACGUCCCUGUUUGGGGAAUCACUAAGACAAGCACCAAGAUCGUCAUUUAAGGUUUCAAAGGCAAAACAGUCUUCUUCCGUCACCAAAUGUGCAAUUGGUGAUAGCUUGGAGGAGUUCCUUACAAAGGCAACCCCCGAUAAGGGGCUGAUCAGGUUGAUGAUGUGUAUGGGAGAAGCACUGAGGACUAUUUCCUUCAAGGUGAGAACAGCUUCAUGUGGAGGAACAGCCUGUGUUAACUCUUUCGGGGAUGAGCAGCUUGCGGUGGAUAUGCUCGCCGACAAGCUUUUGUUUGAGGCCUUAACUUACUCACAUGUCUGCAAAUACGCUUGCUCGGAAGAGGUUCCAGAACUCCAAGACAUGGGAGGCCCAGUUGAAGGUGGAUUCAGUGUUGCUUUUGAUCCACUGGACGGCUCCAGCAUCGUUGACACCAACUUCACUGUGGGCACCAUCUUUGGGGUGUGGCCAGGAGAUAAGUUGACUGGUGUAACAGGGGCGGACCAAGUUGCUGCAGCCAUGGGCAUUUAUGGUCCUAGAACUACUUAUGUCCUUGCCAUUAAAGGCUUCCCCGGAACACAUGAAUUCCUUCUUCUCGAUGAAGGAAAGUGGCAACAUGUCAAAGAGACAACAGAGAUAUCUGAAGGGAAAAUGUUCUCUCCUGGAAAUUUGAGGGCCACAUUUGACAAUCCAGACUAUGACAAGUUGAUCAACUACUAUGUCAAAGAGAAAUACACAUUGAGAUACACUGGAGGAAUGGUGCCAGAUGUCAACCAGAUAAUUGUAAAGGAGAAAGGAGUUUUCACCAAUGUGACAUCUCCAAGUACCAAAGCCAAGCUCAGGCUGUUGUUUGAGGUAGCUCCAUUGGGGUUAUUGGUUGAGAAUGCUGGAGGUUUUAGUAGUGAUGGUCAUCAGUCUGUGCUAGACAAGGUCAUCGUUAAUCUAGACGACAGAACUCAAGUUGCUUAUGGAUCCAAGAAUGAGAUUAUCCGGUUUGAAGAAACUCUAUAUGGAUCAUCAAGGCUCAAGGGAGGAGUACCUGUUGGAGCUGCUGCUUAAGCUAUUUCAUUUGUUUUUCAUGCCUUUCUUUCUCUUUUUGUUUCUCUGAGGGAAAUGAACAAUCAGAGCUAUUCAUACAGAAGUUUGUAAUGGUGUAUAAAUGCUCAAAGAUGGUGGAUAAUAAUUACAAGGCUAAAAAUCUGUGGAUUGAUCAAUCAAGUUGAUUAUAAUGUUUAACCAAA